CAUCUCCUGUUUCACCUCUACCUGCCUGACGCACGGGUUUGUCUCUGCCUUGUCUUUGCCUCUCUUUGCCCUCAUAUCAGAGACCGGCCAAGGCACUCGUUGCCCUUCAAUAUACAAACACGGCCCUCGAUCUCCUCCUUUCAUCCUCAUCGCUCCUCCAAAACGUCCCAGCCCCCUCAUCUCAUACGUACGAUGCUCUCUCUUUUCCCUCGUGCAAACAAGCACACCUUGGCCCUUCGCGCCAAUCACAUCGCGGAUCGAGAGCGAGCUCUCUGCGCUCCUCUGGACGAUGCAGCCAACCGUACAUCCUCCUCGCUGAUCAAGCUCGAGGCGAGCGAGAUCGACAUCCAAGACGGGGACAUCGAGAUCCUCUCGAGCGACCUUGCUGCCCUCUCAGCCGCGAUCAAAGAGCGCAAGUGGACGUCUGUCGAAGUGACGCAAGCCUUCAUACGAUCAGCACGCCGUGCUCAGCUGGCCUCGAACCCGAUUACGGAGCCCAACUUCCAGGCUGCUCUUCAGCGCGCUCGUGAGCUCGAUGCUUACAUUGGCGAGACGGGCAACGUCAUUGGCCCGCUGCACGGCAUCCCCUUCUCUUUCAAGGACCAGUUCAACAUCAAGGGCCUCAGCACCACGCUAGGGUACAGUGGCUGGACCGCAAGGGGCAAGGCCACGCACGAUGCUGCCCUGGCUCAGAUCGUCUUUCAUCUUGGCGGCAUUGUCAUAGCCAAAACCAACGUCCCUCAAACGAUGCUGUCCUUCGAAUGCAACAAUCCCCUCUUUGGUCGCACAACCAACCCCCACUCCGCCGCGCACACCUGCGGCGGGUCCAGUGGCGGAGAAGCUGCCCUUUUAGCCUCUGACGGCUCAGCGGCCGGCUUUGGCAGUGAUAUCGGUGGCUCACUCAGGAUCCCGACGGGCUACUGCGGCAUCUACGCUCUCAAGCCUACCAAGGGCCGCAUCCCGAGCAAAGGUACGGCGAGCGCACGUGACGGCUUCGAGGCCAUCAAUGUCAGCGUCGCACAGAUGUGUCGCUCAGCGGACGAUGUUGAGUUCAUGAUGCGCCACAUCAUCCCUCUCAUCCACCCCUCCUCCGACUCGCCACUAGACCCAAGCGAAGCCCAAGAUCAAUUCAGCUCGGAAGCCCUGCGCCCAUCGCCGCUACGUACCGCCUGGUUCGAGCCCCUCAAGGUAGCCUCCAACCGUGGCCGCCCAUUGCGGCUAGGCUACUACGCGUGCGACGGAUUCGUCCAGUCUUCUCCGGCUGUGGUGCGCAGCAUAGACGAGACGGUCGCCGCCCUCCAGCAGGCGCACGGCGACUCUAUCCAACUGGUGCCCAUCGAUCCAGCCGCAAUUCAAGCGAAGAAAGCGCUCCGCACCUUUCUCGCCGCAGUAGGCUCAGAUGGGUUCGAUGGGCUCCUUUCACCGCUUCGCCAAGGCAAAGUGAAGGAACCAAUGGACUCCUCCCUCUUCGUCCCCGUUCUUCUGGCCCGCAUGCCAGGUUGGGCACGCAAGUUGGUCUACUGGAUCAUGAAGUACGUCGUCCGCGAUCAUACGCUAAGCUACUGUGCGACGGCUGCCGGGAGGAAGACGGCCGCGCAGCAUUUCCAGACUGUGGCGCAGCGCAACGAGUAUGAGCGAGAGUUUGACGCAAAGGUAUGGAAGGAGUAUGGGGUCGAUGCGAUUCUUUGUCCUGUGCAAGGCAGUCCAGCCGUCCCACAUGGGGCGACGGCGAAGUUAAGCACGCUGGCCGUGAGCACCAUCAUCUACAACGUACUGGACACAGCGGUGACCGUGCUUCCAGUCACGCGCGUGGACCCAGAGCUGGACGCUCUACCGCCCACCAAGGCCGGCAGCUCCCUCACCAAGGCUCAGCAGUCCUACCUCUCCACGCCCGGCUUCUCUACCUGCUCGAAGAUGGUCAGUCACGCCCUCUACACGGAAAAGGUCUACGAUCCAGUCGCGAUGCGUGGUCUGCCCGUAUCGGUUCAGGUUGUGACACGCAAAUUUGAGGAAGAGAAGGCGAUUGGUAUUAUGCGGCUAGUGGACGAUGCUUUGCGGGAGGCCAAGGGGGACGGGCAGAAGUAUGGAUGGGGACCAGGUGCCUGUGCGAGGAGACAGCUGGCGAGGGGGAAUGACGCGAAGGCUGCGGCGAGGAAGGAUUGAUUGAAGCUGCCGAAGCAUGAAGCGGCGCUGUUUCUCCUCCGCCGCGCUAGUGCGUAGCCACCUGGCAGGCAACUACCAUAUCCAUGCGAUUGACCCAUCGAAAUCUACUAUGUAUCAUAGAACAGCUCAUUAUCCUCCGCCUCCGCCUCCAAUAGAUUGAUCUGGACUCGCUCAUCUCC